UCGGGCAUGUUCCACCAAUCAUUGGCGGUAAUAUAUAUGAAUUUAAUAUAAACCAGAGUAGUAAUUGGGGAGGGACCAACAAGUGCGCAAAAUUGAUUUGAUAGAUAUUUUGUAAACUGCACGCUUUCAUUAGCAACAUUUCUGUCUACAACUUCCCCUUCAACUUCUCGACCCAUUCUACACUGAACGCUGCACUUUCGAGCUUGCCAGCUUCGGUCCUAAUAAAAUCAAGGGUAACAUGUCUUCAGAACCAGUGAAUGUGAAUGACUUCAAAGAAUUGGCAAGGUUGGCACUUCCAAAAAUGUACUAUGAUUUCUACUCCGGGGGAGCUGAGGACGAACACACUCUUAGAGAGAACAUACAGGCUUUCUACAGAAUCACGAUUCGACCUCGUGUUCUCGUAGAUGUAAGCAAAGUUGAUAUGUCAACAACCAUAUUGGGACAUCACAUCUCCGCACCUAUCCUGGUUGCUCCCACUGCUGCACAUAAGUUGGCAUUCCAUGAAGGGGAACUAGCCACCGCCAGGGCAGCUGCUGCUGUAAAAACUAUAAUGGUUCUGUCCUACUCCUCGACCUGUUCAAUAGAGGAAGUUGCCUCUAGCUGUAAUUCCGUCCGUUUCUUCCAAUUAUAUAUUUUCAAAAGGCGUGAUAUCUCGGCUCUGCUAGUACAAAGAGCUGAGAGAUGUGGAUACAAAGCAAUUAUCUUGACUGUUGAUACACCUCGACUUGGUAGAAGGGAGGCUGACAUAAAGAACAAGAUGAUUGCACCUCCAGUGAAAAGUCUAGAAGGCCUCAUUUCUAUUGACGUCAAGUCUGAUCAAGGUUCAAAAUUAGAAACUUACGCCAACGAGAUGUUGGAUGCAUCUCUAAGCUGGGAAGAUAUAGGGUGGUUAAGAUCGAUCACUACUCUGCCAAUUCUAAUAAAGGGGGUUCUCACUCAUGAAGAUGCAACCAAAGCUGUGGAAGCAGGUGUUGAUGGAAUUAUUGUGUCCAAUCAUGGAGCCCGCCAGCUAGACUUUGCUCCAGCCACUGUUUCUGUCCUUGAAGAGGUUGUCCAUGCUGUCAAGGGUAAAAUCCCUGUGCUCUUAGAUGGUGGUGUGCGGCGAGGCACAGAUGUGUUCAAAGCACUAGCCCUUGGUGCUCAGGCAGUCUUGAUAGGGAGACCAGUUAUAUAUGGGCUAGCAGCAAAGGGAGAGGAGGGAGUAAGAACAGUGAUGGAAAUGCUGAAAAAUGAAUUAGAGACAAGUAUGGCACUUUCUGGUUGCCCAAGCAUCAAGGACAUUACUAGAAGCCAUGUCAGGACGCACUAUGAUAAUCUACCGUCAAUGUUGUAAUGGCUCUAUAUAAUUUAAUUUAAGUUAGUGAGUUUGAAUUCUUUUCGGAGUGUUUAAUUUUGAAAAAAUAAAUUAUUUUAAUAAAAUACACAAAGUGUUUGGGUGUUAGUCAAAA